AUGACGUCAAAUACAAGAUGGAUGGAAUCACGACUGCUUCAUGCUCAACGCAACUCUGAAACAAAGUCCAGUGUCGGAGCUCCGCGGCGCCCAAAGCCACCCAGCCAGGCCAAAAUGGAUAGCCUGGGGCACUACUGUAACCCAGCCCAUGGUAUUUCACUGCUGGGUUCCCUCAACGAGCAGCGCUUGAAAGGCCAGCUCUGUGAUGUCGUGUUGUUAGUGGGUGAUCAACAGUACCAGGCCCAUAAAAGCAUCCUUGCAGCCUGCAGUGAGUAUUUCCAGUCUGUGUUCUCCAGAAGGGACUCAGAGAACCACUCCAUUGUUCAGCUGGACUUCUGUGAGCCCGAUGCUUUUGAGAUUGUGCUAAACUACAUCUACUCCUCAUCUCUGUUUGUGGAGAAAUGUAGCCUGGCGGCCAUACAGGAGCUGGGAUACAGCCUCGGCAUUCCUUUUCUAACCAACAUCAUGUCUGUAAGACCUCAGGCUUCAUACUGUGUUUCAAGAAAACGGAUUUCAGCUUCUGAGGAGGAAGAUGGCACCUAUCAAAAGAGAAGCGUUAUUGUACAUCAAGGUCAGGGAGAUCAGUACGGCACUGAUGUGUUUCAGAGGAAAAGUUUGAGUCUUCAGGGAAAAUUAUUUAAGCAGGUCACAGAGCAUCCUGCGCACAGUUUCAGUGACCAGAGCCAAUCCUCAGGACAAGUCAAACCAAAUGAAAAAGAGACUAACAGUACCUCCAACAGCAGACAUUCAAACAACAACACAGUUGAUGGCAGCUGUGGAUCUAUCAUCUCCUCUCCAACAUCCAUACUGAGGCGUCGUACAGAAUACCGACCACAAUCUAUGAGACCACAGCUAACAUCCUCUGUGUCAUUCAGUGAGUCAGUACAGCAUGCUAGUCUACAAUCAGAUCAUUCUGAUGGUGCCAUGGAUGGAAGAAUGGAGACAUUGCAUGAUUCCAGACCAGUGGGUGAGCAUCAAGGUCUGCGAAGUCAAACCGUAGACCGGAGUGGGCCACUUAUUAAAAGUCUGCUACGCAGAUCAUUGUCCAUGGAUAGCCCUGUUCCAGUUUUUUCUCCAGCACUGGAACUAAAAGACUCACAAAGUCGAGAACAAUCUGUUGUCAAGUUAAGGCCCACAUUAGCAAGGUCGCCCCCUCCUGAACUUGUGGAUCAGGUGUCAAAAGAUCUGCCGCUUCUUCUCAGGUCGAGACAUCCAAUUGUGUCAGAAGGUACUCAAACCAACCAACACAGAAUUAAAGCAGAGCCCAGCAGUCCCCUUGCUGACCCUUCUGAAAUUGUCCGCAUUACUGUUGGAGACAACCUGCCGGUGAAUUUUAAAGACUUUCAAGCAAAUUACGAUGAAGGUCCCAGAGGGUAUUUCACUGCCUCUGUGAAGAGGAAAAGUAAAAUGGAUGGUAGUUACAUGCCCUUUAAGAGAUCCAGGCCUGUUAAUGAGCACCAUCUCUUGCAUCAGGAGACCACAUUAGAUGAAGCACCUUACAAUUCCAACAUGGACAGUAGUACUGAGGAACCUGGAGAACUUCGGCCAAACAAAAUGUUUAAGUGCUGGAACUGCCUGAAGGUUUUCAGAUCAAACGCGGGUCUUUAUCGCCACGUGAAUAUGUACCACAAUCCAGAGAAGCCGUACGCUUGUGACAUCUGCCACAAACGCUUUCAUACAAACUUCAAGGUCUGGACUCACUGCCAAACCCAGCAUGGCGUGGUGCAAAAUCCUGCACCCUCGUCUAGUUCCUACUCGGUCCUGGAUGAGAAGUUUCAAAGGAAGCUAAUCGAUAUUGUCAGAGAGCGGGAGAUUAAAAAAGCCUUGAUUAUGAAGCUCAGGAGAACCAAGCAAGGCCUGCAGUCGCAAACCUUUGGCAGGAAAAGCAGGCGAUCAAGGUCAUACGGGUGUCCCUUCUGUGGCAAAAUGUUUUUUUUCCAGUCGCACCUAAAGCUCCACAUGAAGGGUCACUCCAGCGAACAGGCUAACCUUGACACUGAUCAAGAAAAAGACCUUCAAUAUAAGCAGCAGCUGCCACAUUUUAAAGAAAGCCAAGACAAGGAUGCUUUUUCUUGCCGGCUUUGCAAUGAGAAACUUCCUACUUUGACUGAAUUAGAAGAUCAUGAGCGUGCUUGCAGGUAUGCAACUGUCUGUCCAUACUGUGGGCUUCGAUUCUCCAACACUGUGGUCAAGAAAGACCACGAAGCACACUGCAAAUACAAAAAGCUGACCUGCCUUGAGUGCAUGCGCACAUUUAAGUCUUCUUUCAGCAUAUGGCGUCAUCAGGUGGAGGUUCACAAUCACAAUAUGAUGAGCGUGAAGGAGCAGUUGACUCUCAGUCUCCAGGAAAGCAAUAACAAUGAAUCAUCCAAUGCUCUCGGAGUUCCUCCUCCUCAGGAGUCAAUACGUGACCCAAGGGAGGAAGCAGCGUACAGCGACUCCUCAGUUCCACCCAUGUAUGAUUCAGAAGACUCAUCAUCCUAUGUCCCAGAAGAUUUGAGUGCUCAUGGUCAAGGGGAGUUGCAGGUUAAAGAGGAACCUCAAGAGGAAGCCGUGUCAGCUAAGGAUAAUGUGAGCGGUGCUUCUGUCGGACCUGAAGAACCAGGGGUUUGGCCUUGUGAGAAGUGCGGGAAGAUUUUUUGCACCCACAAAGACCUGGAACGACAUCAGGAACUGCUUUGCCACAUCAAACCCUUCAUCUGCCACAUAUGUCACAAAGCAUUCAGGACCAACUUCCGCCUCUGGAGCCACUACCAGUCCCACAUGUCCACAUCUGAAGAGCCAGGAAUGAGAGAGAUCGACAGGCCUCCGUCUUCCCCCUCUCCUUCUCCACCCCUUACUAUUUCCAUCCCAGAGCCUCCAUCUUCUCAAGAACCUCCACUCAAAGUGACCCGAUCUGGGUUGGAUGACUCAGAGGACAAACCAAGAGGCUCAGCAUCACCAUCAACCAAACUGAAGAAGCUGGAGCCGGACAAGAAUGGUGACAACGAGCCUGGUGAACAAUCUCAUGACAAGUCCGACAGCACAGACAAAACGAUCACCCCUCAGGAAUCCGACACGCUAUUUUACCAUGCCCCAACGCUCUCCGCACUUACUUUUAAACGACAGUACAUGUGCAAAUUCUGUCACCGGACUUUUAAGACUGCUUUCAGUCUGUGGAGUCACGAGCAGAGCCAUACGUAAAAGUUGCACAUUUGUAGCCCUAACCAUUGGAUUUAACUAACUCGCAGUCUAAACCCAGGGAUUUAUUAUUAGCAUUUGAUCAUACUGAAUACUCCUCCUUUCUGUUAACAGUAUUCAGACUGUCAGAGUUACCUUGGAUUGCAUGCCAAGAGUUGCAUCUCCCUGUAUUAUAAAGUUUAUUGAAAGACUGUUAUAAAUGAAACAGAUUUAUUUCACCUCAAGUACUCUUGGAUAUAGAUUAUCGCAAACAAUGUGUGAUUUCCUUCUCUUGGGGAUUGGAGACGUAUACAUUUCUUGUUUUAGUGGCCUUUAUACUGUUAUUUAGCACUUUUUGAGCAAUUCCAAAUACAUAUUGUUCUCUAUUAAAAGCACAGGCUGGUUUAGACAUGGCGUUUGUUUAGUUAGAAAAGAAAGAUUAAAUUAAAAUGAAUUAAAUCGCUCGUUGCUAGCCUAAAAUUAUGGCUGUACGUUUAAUUUGGAAAUAAAGCUAUGUAGAUAUUUCUGUUACAUGCCCAAUCCAGCCCCCUGCCUAGGUCGCUAUUUGAUUGUUUAAUAAAACAUUAUUUAAUGUGACUUGAAUCACAUAACAAGCAGAGGAAAGGUAUCAAACUUAAACGAACAUUAAGGAAACAUGCGUUUAAUUUAAUUUCGACAUUGCUAGUUGUAUUUUUAUUUUAUUUUAAGAGUAUUCUGUUCAUGUGUUUCUUGCCAGUUAUGUAGACUUUCAUGGUAUUUCUGUUGUGGAUAAUAUUCAGUGAUUGUAUUGAACAAAUAGAAGGCUUUAUAUGUACAAAUGGCAGGUUUUGGAGUGAUUACGUUCUUCAAGCAGUUUAGUGUGUGCCUGCGAUGUGGAUCUUCUAAUACUUUUAUUGUACAGGACAUGCAGUAUAUGUGGGAAUUACUUCUCAUAAAUGUGUAGAGAUGAAGUUCAAUUAGAUUUUCACACUGUAUCGGUACUGUAUCAGUACAUUUUGAGCUGUACCGUAGCGUAAGCUCAACUUACCAGAACUCAGUACUCAGUGAUUAAUGAAGUCUUGAUGCAAUGUUGAAUGGUUGGACAUUCCUAAUGUUUGGUUGAGCUUUUCUGUGACCGUAUGACCCAGAGAAGAUCUUUAUUCUAAAAUAUGAAAGCACAAAAGCAACAAUCUUAUUUCUUGGUAUAUAUUUAGCAGCUAUUAACAAAUUAAGUAAAAAGUCUUCUUCCCUUACAUUAGGGGAUGUUUGGCUUGGCAAGCUUGUGGCCUUUGUUGAGCACAAAAUCAAAUUAUGUUGCUUGCUCUUUGCAUUUUCCAUCAGCUACUGUCAUUUAAUCUAUAUUAAGAUAAAUAAAGCAGUAAUACAUUCCUUCCUAACUUAUUUUCCACCUCCCCAAAAAAGGUAUUGAUUAAUUUCUGAGUUGGCUACUUCUCAGGAUAGUAAUACUUUAGUUUGCAGUUACUUUCGUCCCCAGUAUUACGACACUAUCAGCUUUUUGUUAAGGUUAAACGAGAUCAAUGUGUCCUGAGACAAAAUAACUUUAACCGAAAGAUUGUAUGACGCUGAAUGAAUAACGGUGAUGAAAGAACGGAACAUUUAAUCCUCAAAAUAAAUUUUUAUGGUCUUCGUUUGUACAACAUUUUCUCUGUUUUAUGAAAAUUAUAUCUUUUGGUAUUCCUGUGGUAUCACUGCAAUAACUAAUAUUUGUAAGCACUUGAAUUGUUCUAACGUGGCUUUAAAAACUGUAUCAGUUUUUGUGUUAAAGCAUUUUCUACUGUUUUCCGUGCUUGCUUUCUAAAAAUAAAUAUCAAUA